CCUCCUCUUCCAUCAGAAAACAACCAUCCCGGUCCUUACUCAGUUGACUUGGACUUAGUAACCUCGAGUCAGAUUCAGUUCGAAUGUCCGGCCUUUAAGACACAGAACAGUUCUAAUCUAAAUCAUCAGUUUGAGUACUGAUAAGAGCAGACUGAGACCAGAAACAUCGGUCACAUAGCCAUUCCCUACUCAUUCAUGGCUCUUGCCUUGUUGUUCCUUGUCCUGGUGUCGAUGUUCGCAACUUCAGCUUCGCAGAAACAGAUGAACGUAAGCCGAGGCUCGGCUCUGAUGCCCAAAACCAACUCAUCCUGGCUCUCAGCUUCGGGUUUCUACGCAUUUGGUUUCUACCAGAGAGGCAAUGGCUAUGGCCUUGGAGUUUUCCUAGCGGGAAUCCCGCUGCAGACCGUGGUCUGGACUUUCAAACGAGACAGCCCUCCAUUUCCAAGCAACGCCACCCUGCAAUUCACAACUGACGGAAGGCUGAUCCUACAGUCAUGGUUGCCAGGACAAUUCACAGACGUCGCUGUUCCUGCUGAAUCUGCCAUUUCGGCUUCGAUGCUUGACUCUGGCAAUUUCGUUCUUUAUGAUUCCAACCGGGGCAUAAUCUGGCAAACCUUCGACUCUCCCACGGACAGCCUCUUGCCAGGCCAGAAUCUCUCUGCGGGCCAUCAGUUGGUGUCGAGUGCUUCGGAGUCCGAUCAGUCAUCGGGUGUGUUCCGUAUCAAGAUGCAACAUGAUGGUAAUCUCGUGCAGUACCCAGUGAACUCGAUAGACGAACCCGCCUACGCGUACUGGUCGACUGAGACAGGCGGUAUAGGAGACAACAUCACGCUCCAUAUGGACGGUGAUGGCUUUCUCUACCUCUUGAACCCCGCCGGUCAAUAUGUGAGCAAUGUCACCCGGAAAGGACUCCCAAGUAACAACAGGAUGUAUCUCGCGAGGAUCGAUGUGGACGGUAUUUUCAGAUUAUACUCUUAUGACACGAUUAUGAAAGCAAAUUGGUCUAUUGUUUGGAAUUCCACAGGUGACCUAUGCAGCCCGAAGGGGAUAUGCGGGCUCAACAUGUACUGUGUGACAAUCGACCCGAAAGUCAGCUGUGUGUGCCUUCCGGGAUUUGCACCGGUCCAAGAGGGAAACUGGAUGUCAGGUUGCGAAAGGAACUUCACCCAAGAGAGCUGCAAAAGAACGGGUGAAAACGCUGACUACACCAUCCAGCCGAUUGCAAACACCGUGUGGGAAGACGAUUCAUACUCUGUCCAGCAAUUACCAACCAUUGAGGAAUGUCAAUCCACAUGUUUGCCCGACUGCAAUUGCGCUGUUGUGAUAUACAACAACGGUGUGUGUAAAAAGCAAGGCCUCCCUCUGAGGUUCGGCAGGAGAGACCUUGCCAAUUCGAACACAGUUUCCAUCAAGUUGAGUACAGCUACAUCGGAUGUAAAUGCACCGAAGCGAAUCAAAAAGCAGAUCAGGAUUGACAUUUUGGUCGUGAGUGUUUCGUUGAUCGCUUUGGCGUUGAUAAUUCUAGUCUCUCUCGGGGUCCUUGUUUACCGGAACAGGCUUUCGGGACAUCAAAUGUAUUUAGAGCAUGGAGUCAGCAUCGGAUCGAUAGAGGAUGUUGGACCGAGACUCUUCACUUACGAGGAGCUCAAGGAAGUGACCAAGGAUUUCAAGGAUGAGAUCGGUAAGGGGGCGUUUGGAACAGUUUACAAAGGCGCGCUGCUGAAUCGUCGGAAAGUGGUAGCCGUCAAGAGGCUCGAGAACAUCUCUUCCGAUGGGGACAUCGAAUUCCAAACCGAGGUGAAAAUCAUCGGGAGGACUCAUCACCGGAAUCUGGUCUGCCUGCUCGGUUAUUGUCAAGAUGGACCCAACAGGCUUUUGGUGUAUGAAUAUAUGACCAAUGGCUCACUCGCGGAUCUGCUCUUUACACCCGAAAGAGAGCUUCAUUGGGAUGAAAAAAUGGGCAUCGCUCACGAUAUAGCCAGAGGCCUCCUUUACCUCCACGAGGAGUGUGAGACGCAGAUCAUCCACUGCGAUAUAAAGCCUCACAACAUACUAAUUGACAAGAAUGGGAGGGCGAAAAUAUCUGAUUUCGGACUGUCAAAGAUGUUGAAGCCGGAUCAGACCAAGACCAUGACUAGAAUCCGGGGAACCAGAGGGUACGUCGCGCCGGAGUGGCACAAGAAACGACCCGUGACAGUGAAAGCCGACAUCUAUAGCUUCGGGAUUGUGUUACUGGAGAUAAUUUGCAGCCGGAGGAGCUUGGAUUUCUGCCGCUCUGAGGACGAAGCGGUUCUCGAAGAAUGGGUUUAUGGAUGCUUUCAGGCCGGUGAGCUGGCAAAGCUAGUGGACUCCGAGGAGGUCGAAACAAAGCAACUGGAGAGGAUGGUUAAAAUAGGAUUGUGGUGUGUCCUGGAAGAGCCAUCGUUUCGUCCCUCCAUGAGGAAGGUGUUGCUGAUGCUCGAAGGCACCGUGGAUAUCCCCGUACCGCCUUCUCCGACUUCCUUCCUCAGUUCCACUUGACUGUCUUCUUCAUCUCUCCCACUUCCCUCCUUGCUGAAAUUUGUCAAUAAUGUGAGUGAUUUGAGCUGAAGCAUGCGACUAUGCUCGGUCUAUUUUCGUUUUCUUGAUGCUUUAAGUACUGUUGCUUGAUACAAUUCCAGUUGCUUAAUGUAAUUAUAAUGAAGUAUUAGCAAAUUUGCUCA